UACCAAGUGCGUUAGUGUCCAUGGUUGAGAUCCUCUGCGCUGCUGGCCUACAUUCAAUCUUACCUACCCCAUUCAAUUUGCUAGUCUCGGUUGUUCAACGUUUCUACGCUCACUGCCAAUGCUACUUCCCAAACGCUUCGUGGAGAUAGUCCUACUGCUUCUAGUUUUCCUGGCCGUGACCAUAUCUAUUUCCAGACACCAUCACCUUACCCUAUUGUUUGACGCCUUUUACACUGAGCCCAAAGUAACACCAUAUGUGAACCAUGUGGUUCUCUUCCAAUUUAAGCAGAGCACGAGUAUCACGGCAAUCAAAGAAGUUACUUCGAAAAUGCUUGCCUUGAAAAAGACCUGCAUUCAUCCAAGCACCCGCCAAGCAUACAUCAAAUCGAUAUCUGGAGGAAAGGAUAUGUCGAUUGAGAAGCAACAGAAUGGCAUGACCCACGCGUUCGUGGUCCAAUUCUUGACCCUGGAGGAUAGAGACUAUUAUGUAAACGAAGAUCCUGUGCACCGGGCGUUUAAGGAUGCUGCAUCCUCCGUUCUGGAGGAGGCCCAAGUUGUUGAUUUCAUAGACGGUGUGUUUGCCUGAUUCUGUGGGAAU